AUGACGACUCUGUUCGCCCUCCUCGCGUCGUCCUGGUCGCGCUGCCGCGCUGUUCGUGCCGCACCGGUGCGGCAUCAGCGCCUCCUCUCGCGCCGCUGCAGAGUCUUGGCGACUUUGCCGCAGCAGGAGUGGGUCGCCGGCCUCGCCUUUGACCUCGAGACGACCGGUCUCAAUACGGACGAGGCGGAGAUCGUCCAGUUUGCGUGCGUCGUGGCCAACUCGCGGAGAGAGGGCGGCGCCAGCUUCUGCGAGUUUGUGAUGCCGCAAUGCGAGAUCGAUCCGGGCGCCUCCGCGGUCACCGGCAUCACCAAGCAGCUGCUGGCAGAGCGAGGUGCGCGGCCGUUCGCAGAGGUGUGGGCAACCUUCGAGGGCUGGCUCCGCGAGACGCUGGUCAGCGAGACGCGGCCGCUCGUCUGGUCGGCGCACAACGGCGACCGGUUUGACGUCCCGAUCCUGCGGCGCUGCGUGCGCGAUGCGACUGGCGGCCCUUCGCCGCUGCUCAGCGAGCCUCGGGCGGCCUUUGGCGCCCACGACGCGCUGGUCGACGCCGAGGCGCUGGCGCGGGUGUGGCGCUGGCUGAUCGAGGAGCAGGGCGCCGACGCGGCCAGCGCGGCGUGGGCCGCCUCGGCGGCGACCGCGGGGCAGCCCUCCCUCGCGCCCUUCCAGGCGCACCUGCAGUACCGCGGCUACGGGCUCGAGCCCGCCACGAGGACCGCACCAGCAGCACCCUCCAGCAGCGGGGCGGGCGACGCGUCGCGGGCUGCUCGGCGGCCGUCGACCCCGCGCGGGGGCGGCGCAGAUUCGCUCGAGCGCGUGGCUGGCAUCGGGCCGGCGCUCUCGAAAAAGCUGAACAGCAAGGGCAUCGGCACGUACGACGAGCUCGAGAGGGCGUGGGCGCAGCGCGGCCGCGACCACCGGAGGAUGCUCGGCUGGCUGGUCAAGUCGAUGCCGGGGACGAACCGGCUCGCCCUCGCAAAGGCGGUGCGGGGGAUGGCGGCGGAGUGGCCGGUCUGA